AUUUUCUGUCACUAAGGCUACGGCGACGCGCCGUCUAUGAGCGGGUUUUCCUUGUCUCAAGGCACUGAAGUUUGUAAAUGUACUUGUAACGUUAAAUAUUUUUCUGAGCAGUUGCCUAAGCCUGAAUGACGAUUGGAAAAUAUGAAAAAGAAAAGUGCUAAGUCAAGAAGUAGAACGCCAAGCGCGGAAAAAAAAAGAACUCCCGAAGAAAAUGAACCUCCACCUGAAGAUCCUCUUCCUCCUCCUAUUGAUGCUCAAAAGCUAACUUUGAGUGAUCAAGAAGUGUUAGAUGUUGAUUUAGAACUUACACCAACUCGUAUUCUUCCUGAUGGAACAGUGGAAGGAAUUCCAUUUGUUCCUGAUGAUGCUUCGUCAGAUGCAGAAGAAGAAGGAGAUAUGGAAGAGGGAGGUGCUCAAACUCUGAACCAUAAAAUGAUGUCAAAAGCUUUAUCAAACUUAACUUGUUCUGCUGAUGGAAGUAAAAUCACUUUUCUCAAUCUUUCACUUCCUGGUUUUGGAAUUCGUGAUGUUUCCAUUCUUAAAGAAUAUAUUCACUUACAGAAGGUUGAACUACAAUAUAAUAACAUCAGUGAUCUUUCUCCUUUGAGUGCCAUUAAAUAUUUGAUUGAACUUGAUGUUUCUCACAAUGAAAUUGAAAAUUUGUUAGACUUUGAACCUCCUUUCAAUUUGAGGGUUGCAAAUUUCUCCCACAAUGAAAUCUCUGAAAUACCCGAUAUAUCUCAAUUCCCAUUCAUACAAACUCUCAACCUUGAUCACAAUCACAUUACAUGCAUCAAAGGACUUGAAAAAUGCAAAUCUCUUCAAACGCUGUGUCUUGCUUACAACAGAAUUGAAAACAUCUCGGGGCUGGAUAAUCUGAAGAUAUCAUUUUUGUCUUUGGGCCAUAAUUCUAUUCUUGAAAUCUCUGGCAUUGAGACAUUGAAAAGGUUGCAAGCAAUAGAUUUAUCAGGAAAUCGAAUUGCAAGUUUAUCAGGUUUGGAAAAUCACGAUCUCUUAUCAGAUAUUGAUCUUGAAGACAACCAGAUUGGAAAUAUUGAUGAAAUUGAACAUAUCACAAAACUGGAGUUGCUAAGGAAAUUGAAUCUAAUGAGAAAUCCAAUUGGGACUCUGGAAGAAUAUCGUCUUCACGUUCUAUUCCGAGUACCUCAACUCGUUGAAUUGGAUCAUUAUCAUGUUAAAGUUGAAGAAAAAAUUUCUGCCGUCAAUUUAUUUGAUUCACCACCUGAAUUACAAGCUACGUUAGAUCACAUCACUCACACUGUUUACAAUUUUCUUCAACCAAAGAAAAUAUAUGAAUGCACGCUGCCAAAUAUUACCAUGCCUUAUCCAAUGCUUGUACUGACCGGUCCUCAAGCAUCUGGAAAAAGUGAAUUAUGUCACAGACUUGUGCAAGAAUUUCCAGAUUUCUUUGGAUAUGGAAUAUCACACACGACAAGAGUUGCUGGACAAAAUGAAAUGGAUGGGAAAGAUUAUUAUUUUAUUAGCAAGGAUGAGUUUCAUAAUCUUGUGAGGCAAGGGUGUUUCAUACAAACAUGUAAAAUAGGAGAUGCUUAUUAUGGUUUAUCUAUGGAUGCAAUUGAGAAUGUUGCGAAAGAAGGACUAGCUUGUGUAGUUCAUAUGGAAAUUGAGGGUGUUCGUACUCUUAAAAAUACUCAUUUUGAACCAAGAUAUGUCUUGAUUAUGCCGUUUGACCCAGCUGUACACGAACAAAAAUUGAUGGAAAAUGGAAAUGUUACAGAAGUAGAGAUUCAACAAAUUUCAAAAUCUCGGGCUAAUAUGUAUAAAGAUAUAAAUCAGGAUAAUCCUGGAUAUUUUGACAUGACAAUAAAUGGAGAUAAACUAGCAGAAGCAUAUGACAGACUACGACAACUAGUCAUGGACUAUCUUGGGAUGUCUGAAGCUACAGAUUUCUUGACACCAACAAACCAACCUACUCAGUUAUCUACAACAGCUCUUAAAGAUGACACAACGACCCAGCAUACAAAUACAUCAGGUAACAUGAGAAGAACUUGGUCUCGUCCUUCAUUUAUUGUUGAUUCAACUGCUGGAAGUAAUGAUGCAUUGUCAUCCAAACAAGCUACCAAAUCAGUGAAGACACCUGUGGAAGAAGCAUCGAUUAGAAGAAGAGAGAGUGCUGCAAAAGAAGCGAUUGAAGGCACACCUCACGGUGGUCAUUUUGAUUAUUUCCCCAGACCGAUGGUACCCAUGACAGCUCCGGCUAUAUUGGAAGGUAGUCCACUCACUCAAGCUGCCUCUAUGUAUCAGGAUCCAUCAUUUGUUGCCUCAACACUUUACCCGAUUGCUGGAACCAACUUGAAGCUGGGUGACAUUGAUUCAAGUUCCGAUACCUCUUCGGACACUGCUCGAGACAGUACUUCUAGUUUAUCGGGUCUUUCUUCUGCACGAGAUUUCUCUGAAGCUGAUGAUAACCCAAUUGAGAAGAAUAAAGGCGGUGGCAUAAAAGUCCCUGGGUUACCAACAUUGUCUUCCACUGAUUUCGCCAAUGAACCUCUCGACCUAUCUGCGCUAUCGGAUGCUCUUGAAAGUUUUAAGGGGUCAUUGGAGGGAGCUACUUCACCCCAUGUUGUAACUCCAUUAACCCCAAGACCGUUUGAAUCUGAAACUCUCAACACGAAACCCGUGUUGCCCCCUAUAAACCCACAAGUUCUCACCACUUGAGUGCUUUUUUACUUUUAUGUCAAGAUUAAUUCAAAUGUUUGGCCUAAAUAAAAGUUUAUGAUAUAUAUUUGUAUUAACUCGGCCAACUAUCAUCUGAGAGUUAUGUAUAAUGUCUGUAUAUUAUGUUUGAUAAAAAUAUUAUUGAAAAGCACUUUUAGUUAAAUAUAAUGUAAGUAAAACUUUUAA